GUCAAAGUUCAGUUCAGUUCCUUAACACUGAUCAGUCUUAAAGAGGAUUUAUCAGAAUACGCUCAAAUCAUGAAUUUUUGCCUAUAUUGAAAGUCUAUGAUAAGCACUGACUGUGCUUAAGUGCUGAAAACAAACCUUGAGAAGGGGACUAACACAGUCAGGAGAUGUUUAAACAGGGAGAUGGAGAGGAGUCGGAUGGCCGAUUCCGAGAGCUUCAGGAACAGCGGAUGACAGUGCAGAAGAAGACCUACACAAAAUGGAUGAACAGUGUCUUCUCAAAGAAUGGGGUAAAGGUUGACUUGACUGAUGUGUAUACUGAUCUAAGAACUGGUGUGCAUCUCGUGCGACUUUUGGAGCUCAUCUCUGGGGAGAAACUGCCCACUCCCAGUCGACGCACCCUAAGAGUUCACUGUCUGGAAAAUAACAGCAAUGCCAUUAAUUUCCUUAAAACCAAGAUCAGAGUAGAUCUGAUUGGUCCAGAAAAUAUUGUGGAUGGAGACAGAACUCUGAUCCUGGGCUUAAUUUGGAUCAUCAUUCUCCGCUUCCAGAUUGGAGCCAUCAAUAUUGUUGAGGCUGGUGGUGAUGCCAGUGGUGCUCAGCGCUCUGCCAAAGAAGCUCUACUGAUAUGGUGUCAGCGUAAGACCGCCGGUUACGCCAAUGUAAAUGUGCAAGACUUCUCAAGCAGCUGGAGAGAUGGACUGGCCUUUAAUGCUCUUAUUCAUGCCCAUCGGCCUGAUCUAUUUGACUACAACCGACUACGCCAGGAUGAUCCAAUGAGGAGCCUCACCCAUGCUUUCACUCUGGCAGAGGAUGAGUUUGGUAUAAUGCAACUCCUGGAUGUGGAAGAUGUCAUGGUGCCUCAUCCCGAUGAGAAGUCUAUCAUGACUUAUGUCUCCCUGUACUACCACUACUUCUCCAAAAUGAAGCAGGGUCAGACUAUCCAGAAGAGGAUAGCUAAGAUUGUAGACCUUCUGAAAGAGCUGGAUGAUAUGAAGCGCAUGUAUGAAAGCAUGGUGUCUGGCUUGCUACGCUGGAUCAAGACCAAGGUGAUGGAGCUCAAUGACCAUUCUUUCCCCAACUCCCUGCGAGAAAUGCAGCAUCUGGUUUCUGCCUUCAAGACAUAUCGCACUAUUGAGAAGCCUCCCAAGUACCAGGAACGAGGGGCCAUCGAGGCCCACCUUUUCAACUUGCGAACCAAGCUAAGAGCAAACAACCAGUGGGAUUAUAUUCCUCCGGAAGGCAAAACCUUGGGGGAUAUCGAAAGGAACUGGACCUUUCUAGAGCGAGCAGAACACCUGCGAGAGAGAGCCCUCCAGGGUGCGCUGAUGAGGCUGGAGCAGCUGGAACAGCUGGCCCAGAAGUUUGACCGUAAGGCUACGCUGAGGGAGAGCUACCUGGAGGACACUCUGCAUCUGAUCCAACAGCAAGAUCUGGGAGGGCUGCAGAGACUGGAGGAGGCUGAGACAGCGGCUCGCAAACUGGAGGCCCUGGGAGCGGAUGUGCUGGCUCGUGAACCGCGUUUCCGAGCUUUAAGUAAAAUGGCUGCUGUUAUUGAAAAAGAGAACUACCACAGCAAGGCACAAGUGAUUCGCAGGAACAUGGAUAUCAUGAACCGAUGGAAAGCUUUGCAGCAGCUUCUGCAGCAGCAGAGAGAACAAGCUGGAGAUGCUGUGAAUACAUUUGCUGUUCUCAGAGAUAUCGAGUUAAUAUCUCUGGACCUAAGGGAAUUACAGGCCCAGGCAGAUUCCUCUGACUUAGGAAAACAGCUGCCAGACGUGGUAGCCCUGCUGCAAAAGCAGGACUUACUAGACACUCAAAUCAUCUCACUUGGAGAAACCCUGAAUGCAAUGAGCAGCAGUGCCUUAAAGGUUAGACACAAAGGUGCCACAAAAGUCGAGAGAGGAGUUAAAGAUCUUAAUGGCCAGUACAACUCUUUGCUGGUUCUCAGCAAGAACAGGAGAAAAGCUCUGGAGGGACAGCUGAAGCUCUUUGAAUUUUUCUAUGAUUGUGAAGAAGUAGAAGCAUGGAUCUAUGAGAAAUGGGUCCUCUUACAGGCAGCAUCUCUGGGGAGAGACCUCAGUCAAAUUCAGCAAGCAAUUCAGAACUACAAGGCUUUAGAGGCAGAGAUUCAGUCACAGGAAUCACUUUGUUCUGGGGUUUUAUCCAGAGGCCAAGAGCUCUGCAGGGGUAGACACCCCAAUGAGAGAGACAUCCAAAAGUGGAUUCGGACUCUUCAGAAACAAUGGCAGCAGCUUAAAGAACAAGUCACCAUCAGAAAAAACAGACUGCAUGCAGCCAAUGUCAUCAAGCAGUAUUUUGCAGACGUUACCGAAGCCAGCUCGUGGCUCGAUGACCGCAAACCACUUCUCAUUGAUGAGGAUUAUGGAAAGGAUGAGGCCAGCACUACUGCUCUGCUCCAGCGUCACCAAAGACUGCAGAAGGAAAUGGAAGCAUAUGCCUCAGAAGUUAAACGGCUGGGUGAGCAGGCCAAGAGUGCUGCCCAACUUGCUCCUCUUACUACUGAAACCCAGCAGAGUAGAAUGGUCCACUACAGUGAUUCAUCAGACGGUGAAGAUAAGACGGAUAAAAAAGAUGACAAAGGAGGAAAAGUCCUCAGCAAGGCUUUACCACAAGAACAAGCAAUGAUUAGGUUCAGAUACAGAGGUCCUAUAUUAACCUGGGAAAGAGGAGAAAUAUUGACAAUUGUCAGCAGGGAAAAAGACGACAAGUUUCUUCUUCGAGACAGCAGAGGAACUGAGCAACUAGUAUCUUCCACAUUCAUCAGGGAGAUGCCAUCUUCUUCUAAAGCACCACCUGAACCUACAAAUGGAGAACCUGAGAGUCCAAAAAAGAAAGUGAGCCGACCUCGCCGCACUCGUUCUAUGCGGCGUGGCACAGCUGAAAUAUCUACCUCAUCAUUGCCUGACCCACACUUCCAAAAAGACACAAUAGAGAGCACACAAAACAGUCUGGAACAGGAUUUCAACAGCCUUUAUAAUUUAGCACAGUCCAAAAAUAAGGUACUGGAUGACACUGCGCGACUACAUAGGUUCUAUAAUGCCUGUGAGGAGUUUGAGUCCUGGAUGAGAGACAAGGAGAAUGUCCUCAACACUUUUAACUCAAACUCCAACGACUUAGAGGUUGUACAAGCCAAAUAUGAGAACUUUCUCACCGAACUAGCCAGUGGUAGAAAGCAGCUUGAUGACAUUACCAAGUUUGGAGAGGAGCUUGUGAAAAAACAGCUCAGUCAGAAAAAAGAGAUUCAGCUUAGGCUUGGAACCAUAACCCGCAGAUGGGAACACAUUCAGAAACUAAAGGAUGAGAUGGCUCAUGAGCUGCUUAGCUCUGCUGAUGUGAAAUCGUUCCUGCAGACUUGCCAGGAAGUCCAGGCUCAGCUCCAGGAUAGGCUAGUCCAGCUUGACACACCUGAUGUGGGCAGCUCACCAUCAGCCCUGCAGACUGAGGAACAUAGACAAGCCCAAGCUGAGAGGGACAUAGAAGCCCUGGAAAGGAAAAUAGAAUACCUUAAAAGUGUGGCCAAGAUGAAACAGGAUUGUAGCCCUGCAGAGAGUGCUGCUAUCAUGGAAGAAGUACAUGCUUUGGAAGACCUGCUGCGGCAGUUGAAAGCCCAAGCCACUCAGAGAAAACAGAUGCUUGAGGAAGCCCGACGCUUGCAAUUCUUUCAGAAAGAGACCAGAGACCUGUUGUUAUGGGCCGAAGCAAAAAAGGAGCACCUUCUGGAAGAGGACACUGGAUCUGAUGUAGCAUCUGCUCAAGCCCUGCUAAAGGAGAACCUUGAUCUGAAGCAAGAGAUUAAACUUCAAAGAGCAAAAUUGAAAGAUAUGGAGAAGCUGGGUCAAUCUCUGGAGGUGGCGUCUGGAGAGAAAGGAGCUAAAGAUGUUCAGCAGACACUCACUAAGUUGGAUAACGAGUGGAGCCAGCUGGACAAACUGUGGUCUAGUCGCAACAGACGGCUUGAGCAGGGACUGGAGUUUCAAAAGCUGAAUAUGGAAGCAGAUCGCAUAGAGGCCACCAUAUCUGGUCAUGAAGCCAGACUGAAAGUCAGAGACUUGGGGGACUCUGUGGACAGCGUUCACAGCUUACUGGGCCGACAAGAAGAGCUUGAGGCUUUGCUUGAGGCACUAGAACGAUCCAUUAACCUCUUUCAAGACAAGAGCCAGGAGCUCGUCAGUAAGCGUAACUUUGCCGCCAAAGAAAUUCAACAGCGAUCAAAGGUCAUUCAAGAUCGAUACAAGAACCUGAAAGAAAGUUGUAAAUUAAGGAGGCUUGAUUUAUUUGCUUCAAAAAAGUACCAGGAAUUUUUAAGAGAUGCAGAGGAGAUGCUGCUGUGGAUAGAGGAGAAGUUUGAGAUUGCUGAGGACGAAUCAUACAGAGAUCCAACCAACAUCCUUCGCAAGCUCAAAAAACACGAGGCGGCAGAAAAAGAGAUGCAGGCCAAUCAAGUCCGUGUGGACAGACUGACUGAGACUGGAGAGGAGAUGUUAGCAGAGGAUCACUUCAACAGCCAGGGCAUACAGAGAAAGACUCGAGAGGUACGCAAAAGGUGGACUGAACUCCAGAGGAAGAUGGCAGAAAGAGGGGACAAACUACGACAGGCUGGCCAGCAGGAGCAACUCAUGGAGCUGCUUCAGGAUGCAAAAUUGAAGAUUGAGGCAAUUGAGAGAAUGUUACAGAAUGCAAUCAGGGGUCAUGACCUUCGUUCAAGCAGACAGCUCCUGAAGGAGCACAAGCAGCUGGAGGAGGAGGCUCAAGAACUUGCAGAAAAAAUCGACUCCAUUGUCACCCGUGCCAAACACCUAGCGACCAACCAUUUUGACUCUCAACACAUUCUCAGGGAGACUGACACUUACCUGAAACUAUUUAAGUCUCUACAGAAACCUUUGGAUCAUCGCAGGAGCCAGUUAGAGGCAGAUGUGGCUUUAUAUAGCUUUUACCAUGAUGUAGACCUAGAACUAAACUGGAUAUCAGAGCAUCACCCUGUAGCUGAUACUACAAACUAUGAAAGAUCUCUGGCAGGGGCAGUUAGCCUGCUUCAGAAACACAAGGAUUUGCAGGCAGAGGUAAAUGGCCACAGCCAGUACCUGCAGCGAGUACUGGACAGAGGACGAGCCAUGGCCCGUUCCAAUCAGUGGAAUGGUCAGGAGGUGCAGCAGAGGUGUGAGCAACUGAUUGCAGAAUGGGAGGAUUUAGAGGAGUUAUGUGAGAAACGAUCUGGCGAACUUAACAAGGCAGUUACAAGGGAGCAGAUUCUGCUUGACUGCACUGAGCUAGAAGCCCUUCUGUCAGAAACAUCAGCUUUGGUCAGCACUGAUUAUGGCAAGACUGAAUUAGCUACACAGAGUCUAAUAAAGCAGCACGAGGCAGUGGAGGGGCAGAUUGAGGUACUUGCUGCUCAAGUAGAUGAACUCAAGUCAAACGUUAAGCAGGCUGUACGUGUGUGGGGUUUAGAGGAGCUGAACAAGCCCUACAACCACAUUAAAUCUAAGCUAAAUGAGGUUCAGCACUCAGCUACAGUCAGAGAGCAGAGGCUGCGAGAGACUUUACAUCUACAUGAAUUUAAGCGUGAGUCUGCUGAACUGGAGGAAUGGAUUGCUCAGCAGAUACAGAUUGCUGCCUCUUAUGAGUUUGGGAGUGAUUAUGAAAAUGCACUGCAACUGUGUGGGAGAUUUGAGAUAUUCUUAAAGCAGCUGGAGGUGGGACUGGAGAGGAUGCACACCUGUGAAGAGUUGGCUGACAAACUCAUCAAAAGUAAUCAUCCUGAGAGCCGCUUCAUCCGAGAAACACAGAAUCUACUCAGAGAAUCAUGGGAAGAGCUGCAGGAUUUAUCUAAAGAUCGUAAAGAAAUGCUACGUAAAUCUGAGGAAUGUCACAAAUUCUACAAAGACUUGUCUGAUGCACUAAGACAGAUAAAGGAGAGGUACAAAAGCAUUCCUGAUGACAUAGCCAAAGAUCUGAGGGGAGUACUGUCUCAGCUACGGAAACAUGAAGCACUUGUACAUGAGCUGGCUGGAACAGAGCAACAGCUGCAGGAGCUGUUGGACGGAACUGACGCCAUUCUGGACAUGUGCUCUCCUGAGCUGAGAGUGGGGUUGCAGGAGCUGCAGCAGGAGGUGGUGGAGAGCUGGGAAAGCCUCCGAAUGCACAUGGAGCAGAGGGAGGAGGAGCUGCGGUCAGCUAAGGACCGCUACAUGUUCCUUAACACAGCACAGGACUACUCCCUCUGGUGCUCACAGGUGCUGAGUGGGAUGAAGGCAGAGGAAUCCAUCCGAGAUGUUGCCACCUGCGAUUUGCAGUUGUUUCAGCACCAGCAGCUAUGGGCUGAGAUUGUGGCACGUGAGGAGACAUAUGCUCAGGCAGAAUCCAUGGGUCAGGACCUGCUAGAGCAUGACACAUCUAAUGCUAAAGAAAUCCAGGAGAAACUGAAAGCUCUGCAAGAAGAGAAAGAGAAGCUUUCUGAUAACUGGCAGUCCAAGCAGAAAUGGCUGGAGAGCACAUAUCUGGAGCAGGUCUUUUAUAGAGACACUGAGUACAUGGAAAAGAUCACUAACUCCCAAGAGAUCCAGCUGAAGAACAGUGAUUUGGGAGCAACAGUGGAUGAUGUAGAAACUUUGAUCAAACGCCAUGAAGCCUUUGAAAAACUUCUUCAUUCUCAGGAAGACAAGAUGGUGGCUCUUCAGGAGUCAGCAGAACGCUUAAGGACAGAAGGUUUGAACCGAGAAAAAAGCAGCAACAUUAAGAACAAACUGAAAGCUCUCCAGGACAGAAGGGGACACAUCAAAGAUCUGUCGGAUAAACGCAGAGAGGAUCUUGAGAUCUCAAAGCUUCUCUGCAUUUUCAACCGAGAUGUGUCAGAGCAAGAGGAAUGGAUCACAGACCGAAUGAAUAAAACACAAGACUCCAAAAUAGACAUGAGCGAUCUUCAGACUAAAAUGAAGAUAUUGCAGAAGCAUCAGGCGUUUGAAGCAGAGAUUCUGGCCCAUGGAAAUAUCAUUGAAUCUGUCCAACAGGCUGGAAAUGAGCUGGUGAGCUUGCGUCACCCAAAAUCGAAGGAGAUAAAGCAGAACGUCUCUGCGCUGAUCUCUCAUUGGGAGGAUCUGAAGCAAGCGGUUGCAGCCCGUGGAAAACUUCUUGAGGAUAACCGUGAUUUUCUUGAGUUCCUGCAGAAAGUGGAACAGGUUGAAGUUUGGAUUAGACAAAAGGAAGUGAUGAUAAAUGUUGGUGAUGUUGGGGAGGAUUAUGAACAUGGUCAGCAGCUGCUAAAGAAGCUCAGUGAAUUCAGAGGCUCAGGUUCUGGAGAUGUGACUGUUGAUGAUGCUCACAUCAAGACAAUCAACACUCUGGCAUCCCGGCUAGAGAGACAGAACAGUGAUGAGCUGGCAACUGUGAAAAAGCGUAGGCAGCAGCUCAAUGAACGAUGGAGUAAUUUUCAUGGCAACCUGAGCAGCUAUAAGCGGAAGCUGGAGGCAGCGCUAGAGAUCCACGCCUUGAUUCGAGAGCUAGAAGAAGUCCGGGACAGAGCUGGAGAGAAGAUGCUGUUGCUCCAGGGACAGGGCUGUGGAGUGGAUGUGGAAAGUGUGGAAAACCUUAUUCGCAGGCAUGAGGAGAUGGAGAGGGAGGCCAGAGUCAUCCAAGAGAGAGGCACUGCCCUGGAGAAAGAGACUAAAGGUCGGUUAAGGAGACACUGUGAUCUGGCUGACAAACUUAAUAAGAAGCAGGAAGAGGUCAACAUUGCCUUAGUGAAGCUAGACAAGGAAAUCAAACGAAGGAAGGAACGAUUGCAAGAGUCUCAUCAGCUUCAGCUGUUUAAAGCCAACCAGCGCCUCCUGUUGGACUGGACCCUGAAGCAAAGUGCUGAGAUGACGAAGAAAGGCCUGCCUAAGAAUAAGACUGAAGCUGAGAGUUUCAUACUAGAGCACCAGAACUGGAAGGCUGAGAUUGAUGCUCGCAGUGAACGUAUAGAUUCGGUUAAGAGUUUUGGACAAAAUCUUGUGAAGUCCGGACACAGCGAUUCAGCAGAGAUUAAAGAAGCCCUACGCAAGCUGGAGGACGCCAAAACAAAGCUUGCUCAAGCUUGGGAGGACCGAAAGAAAACUCUGGAUCAAGCUCUGAAGCUCCAGAUAUUCCUGGGCUAUGCUGACCAGACUGAGAGCUGGAUGAGUAACAGGGAGGCUUUCUUGAUCAAUGAAGAUCUUGGGGGUUCAGUGUCAGAAGUGGAGGCUCUUCAGAGGAAGCACGCUCUGUUUGAGAACUCUCUAGAAGCUCAGAUGGGGCAGGUGGCAGAGGUGGACAGAUACGCUCAGCAGCUCAUACAGGCACAGCACUAUGACUCUGACAACAUCAAGAAGAAGAUUAAAGCUAUUCUGCUCAGGAAGGACAAAGUACUGGAAAUGAGCAAAACCAGACGAAAAGCAUUGGAAGAAUCUCUACAGCUGCAGAAAUUCCUGGGAGGAAGCUAUGAGGUUUCUUCAUGGUUGAAUGAGAAGAACUCUGUGGCUGUUGAUGAGAGCUGGAGAGAUCCUAUUAACCUGCAGGCUAAGCUACUAAAACACCAGAGCUUUGAGGCAGAGAUACUGGCCAACCGCAACAGAGUGCAGACACUCAUAAAAGAGGGUGAUGAUAUGCUAGCUUCUAGUCAUCCUGCUAAAGGCAAGAUAAAACCACGAAUAAAGGACGUUGAUGACAGCUGGGACCAGCUUUUAAGCAACUGCAAGGAAAAGAAGUUACGUCUACUGCAAGCAUAUCAGGCGUUGCAGUUCCAGCGCUCUUUGGAUGACAUCGAGGAGUGGCUUGGGACAGUAGAGAUAGAAGUGGCGAAUAAGGACUACGGUAAUGACCUGGCCUCAGUUAACAGGCUGCUUAAGGCCCUGCAGGGUCUGGAGGAAAUGGUAGAUGCACACAUGGAGAAAGUCCAGGGGCUGGUGGACACAGCCAAAAACUUCAGCUCUCAAGGCAACUUCCUUGCAGAAAAUAUACAGCAGAGGGUUUGGGAGGUUGUCAACAGGUAUAAUGGGCUGGCUGAGCCGCUUCAGGCCCGCAGGGAAACUCUGGAGUCAUGGCAGCUGCAGUUCCAGUUCUACAGGGACUUAGAGGAUGAGCUGCUGUGGAUUCAGGACAAGCUGCAGGCCACAGCCACAAAAGACUGGGGCACAUCCCUGCAGAGUAUACAAGCCAUAGUCAAAAAACAUCUGAUUAUGAUGCAGGAAAUUGAGAGCCGAACCCCUCUAAUAAUGGCUGUGCAGGAGGCAGGACAGAACCUGGUGCGAGGACGACACUUUGCAUCACGUGAGAUCAGUGAAAAAGUUGCAGAGUUAAAGAAGAACUUUGACACUUUGAAGAAAGAGUCAGCGAAUAAAGAUCGCCUCCUUCAACAAGCACUGAAAAUCCAGAGCUUUCUCUCAGAGGUUUCCCAACUGGAGCAAUGGAUGGAGGAGCAGAGGCCUGUAUUAGAGUCCAAGGACUAUGGAAAGAGUGAGGAGGCCACUGAAGCUUUCCUCAGGAAACUAGACACAGUUGACCUGGAGUUGGAAAGCCAGCUUGGAAAAAUAGAGGCACUCCUGAAAACUGGCACUGAUCUAGAAAAGACCCAACAUCCCAACAGUCAUUUAGUGAGUAAGAGCCUUGAAGAUAUGCAUGGUGGGUUUGAGACACUUCUGCAACUGUCUGCUCAGCGUCGCACAGAGUUGGAGAAUCAGUACAAUCUCUAUGUAUUUGAGAGAGAAGCCAAAGAUCUACAGAACUGGCUACUUUCUCGCAAAACCACAGCAGAGUCUGAUGACUUUGGUCAAGAUCUAGAAGGGGUGGAGGCACUGCAGAAGAAGUUUGAGGAUUUUGCAGAAGAGGUCGGCACUCUGGGCCAAAAUAAGCUGAGUACAGUCCAAAAGCUGAAGCAGACGGUGCAGUCAUCUGAGGCACAGCAGAAAGAGAGGGAUCUACUCAAGCUUUGGGAGGAUUUAAACAAGGCUAUGAAAGCAAGAGCAGAGAACCUGCGUUCCGCUCAAGAGGUUCACCAGUUUGACCAUGACUUGGAUGAGCUUAGGAGCUGGAUGAAUGAGAAAGAGGUGGCUCUGAACUCUGAGGAGCAGGAAUAUGACCUGCUCAGUGUCCAAGCUCUCAUCCGCCAACAUGAAGGCUUGGAGAGAGACCUUGCAGUGAUAGAAGAAGACGUGUCUCGUCGAAAAGAGGAAGGCAGAGCUCUAGUCCGCAAGUGUCCUCAAGUGAGGGACAGUUUGAGCGAGAGGCUGCAGGAGGUGGAGGAGAUCUGGAGGAGCCUGCUGGAAAAGGCCAACCAGCGCAGACAAAGACUUCAACAGGCAGAGGCUGUUCAGAGAUAUCUGACUGAAUGGAGAGAGCUGAUGGGCUGGCUUAAGGAGACACUGUCUCUAGUGACAGGGGAGGGGGUUGGAGGUGAGGUUAAAGACCUGGAGCAGCUCAUUAAAAGACACGAAGAGUACCACACACAGAUUGACAGGCAAUUAGACAAAUCAGAAAUGGUUAAAAACGAAGGGAGACGUCUGAUGGAAGAGGGGAACUUCAUGAGUCACGAGCUGGAGGACCGUCUAGCUGAGCUCCAGGACCUGGAAGUGCGAGUGCUGGAAGCCUGGGCCGAAAGGAGAGCUCAAUAUCAGGAAGACCUUGAACUGCAGCAGCUGCAGAGAGAGCUGGAGCAGGCCGAGCACUGGCUCAACAGCUAUGAGAGCGCACUCAAAGCAGAGGACUAUGGGGACUCCGUUUCAGAUGUUCUGGAGUUGAUGAAGAAGCAGGAGGAUCUGGAGGCCAUGAUUCAAGCUCAGAGUGAGAGAUUUAAUGCCCUUCAAGCCAAAAGAAUACAGAGGGAAAAGAAAAUCAAAGAAAUUCAGAGCGGUGGCAGUAGAGACAAGCCCGUUCGUGUAACUCUCCUAAAGCGAAAGCCAUCUGAGCAACCAGCUUUGCCCCAACGUCCCUCGCUGACCAGUCCUGUCCUAAGCAACAGCGAUGGCAAGAGCGAUAACUCAUCCACACCCUCCCGAGUCCCUACAGCCAGGUCUGCCAUCCCGCCGAGAAGCAGCAGCAUUAAAAAUGAAUCCUCUGUGGUGUCAAGAGUGGCAUCAGGCCUCAGGAGAAACAGCAGCAGCGUCAGUGAUACCGUAACUGCCCCCGACGAACCAUCCACCUCUGUUCUAGACAGCCCAGAAUCAGCCUCAGAAAUUUCCAGUGCUGUAUACGAACCACAUUAUUUACACAAUGCCCCCAAGACUGACCAUACCACAUCUAAAGAUGAGGUCGAUACUCCGAAACAGACCGAACCCUCCGUCAAUGUCAUUACUAAACCAAAGAUCACUCCUAGGCAUCUGAAACCAUCAACCCCUGAUAAAGAGAUGUUGGGUCCUCCUACAUCAAAACCCCCUGAACCACCCUCCAAAGAUGAAGAAAUGGUGGACAACCAAACCUCAGAGGAUAAAAGCCUUCUUUCAUCCACCCCAGCAGAAAAACCUCAGUCAUCUCCUCCAUCUUCCCUUUCAGAGCCAGAAGUACAAACAUCCAUUUCUUCUGAAUCUCCAGUAGAGACGACUGUUGCCACCAAGAUCAGAGCAGGACGUGCCAAAAUGGAGGGUACCUUGGAGAUUAAACUGAAGCAAGGAGGAAAUAAAGGCUUGGAUCACUGGGAAACAGUCUAUGCACUACUGGAAGAGGAGACACUCAAUCUGUUUAAAGACCAAGAUGCUGCCAGUGAGAACUGUACACGCUGGCCACCGAUCACAUUGGCUGAAGCAGUCUGUAAAGACAAUCCGUACUACAGGAGAAAGGAAAACACAUUCAAAAUCAUGUUGAGUGAUGGCAGUCACUAUCUGUUUGCCGCCUCUUCUCAAGAAGAACAGCAAAAGUGGUUGAAGGAGCUUCAGAGCUGCACAAAUUCAAUGGUGUUCUCAGAAAGUCCUGGAAUUAACACAGAAGCAAGUAGAGAAAGCACAGAGCAGUGUAAGUCUGUGCCAGCCGACACAUCUGACACACAAGAUUCCACCACAAAGUCGAACCAGGAAAAGGAAGACUCCACAGAGAGCUGUGAGACAGAGAGAGAGCCACCACCUAAACCUCCCCACACUUAUUACAACAAACACCGCUAUCCUGAAGGAGGAGAGAGCCAAGACUCAGUAAGUGUGACCCAAAGUUUAAGAAGUCUACAGAGGAACCAACCCCCACCAUUCACCCCACCUCCUCCACCACAAAACCAGGCUGAGAAUGGAGCCAAGGACAAGUCCAAAAACAGGAGCACCUUUAUGAAAUUUUUCAAAAAAUGAUUUUUUACAUAACAGAUUGACCUUCUCUGCCUUGAUGUGGCAGUAGUUGAAAAUUUACUUCUUUUAAAGGCUAUUUAUAUUUGAAUCUAAUAUGAUACAUUAUUGUUAUUAUUUGAUAGAAUCCAUAUUUGGUAGAAUCAAUAACUUUUUUUGUGAUUACAGAUGUGCAAUGAUUCCUCGUAAAUAAUUGUUUGUGUGUAUAGAAUUCCAAGAUAUACACUAAAUAAAUGCUUCACAAAUAAUGUUAAAAUGCAAAUGUUAAAAACUGAAAUCCAUCAGAUCAGGGUUUUUUUUUUUUCAUAAAUGAAUAUAUAUUUUUGUUAUAUGAAUAAUAAUAAUGUGCUUGCUUCUGAUUGUAUUAUAUUUAAAGAUUCUAGUGCUGAUGAAGAUGUAUGCGGUGUAGGGUGGGUUGAAAAGUGGGUAAAAUGGAACAAAAGGUUUCAUGAUUAUUGCCAUUUAAACCUAAGUAAACAAUCAAAUAUUACUGUCA